AUGGAGUCUAUUCUAUCAAAUCCAGAUACAGGUAAUAGGGAGCCUGAACUUUUUGUUGUUGUGCUAUGGACACUAUGGAAUAGGAGGAAUAAUUUGCACUUGGGCAAGCCUACACUCUCACUCGGUCAAGUAGUAGCUUGGCAGGCACAAGUUCAAGAUGCUUAUAAAGUCAACUUCGAUGGCGCGGUUUUUGUAGAAGAGGGACUUGUUGGCUUGGGAGUUGUGAUCCAUAACAACCAUGAACUGAUCAUGGCUUCUCUUACUCAGCAAAUACCUCUACUCGAUUCAAUUAUAGAGGUGGAAGUCUUGGUUGCACGGAAAGCAUUGGAGCUUACACUUGAACUUGGCUUUGACAACAUCACUUUUGAAGGGGACUUUGAAGUUUUGAUCAAAUCUUUAGCAAAGGGCGGCAAUUCUCUAGCUCACUAUGGUCAUUUAAUUGCAGACAUUCAAAUUCUCAUGGCUCGGUUUUCAUCGCUUAGUUUAUCUCAUGUUAGGAGACAUUGUAAUAGUUUGGCACAUGCCUUAGCUCAACGAGCAUCCUUUACCUCUGAUUUGUCAAUCUGGAUGGAAGAAAUACCACCAAACCUUAACUUUGUAUACAUGGCUGAUUUGAGUGGCCUAAGCUGA